AAAAAGUCAGGAACCUUCCCGCUAGCCAUGAUUGGCUGAGAUAAUGAGUGGGCUGGACAUGCCGAGAGAUGCGUUUCAGAUUGGUCUGUGGUGUAGCAUCUUGUCUAUAAAAUGAGCUGCUCGUUAUGCGUAGAUGUUCCUUUCUACUGCAGUUUUUUUUUUUUUUUAUAUAACGUUAGCCAUGGAGAACUGCAAAUAUGCUGCUACUGCUCUCAAUAACAUUGCUUCCCUGAAUUUAUCAGGCACUAUCGACAAACGUCAGUGGGAAAAGGUUGUGAUGGACUACUUCCUGGAGGACGAUCGUGCCAUGUUGAUUCUCUCUGACUCUGAAAAGGAAUCAGAUGAUGAGGAAAUCCCUAAUGUAGGUUAAAUUUUUUUUGAAGAAGACAUUUGUAGAGUCUUCUGAUGACAGUGAUGGGGAAGAAACGGCGAUCAACAGUGUUGUUGUCAUGAAAGAAGUUGACCGAGUGUUGAAAUCCGUGGAAUGUCUGUGCAAACUAAACAGAAAUGACACUGGACGUCUUAUUUAAUGAAAGGGGUUGCAGUACGCUGUGAAGCUUUCAUCCAUGUAUACGGAACACGCCUGACUCUCCUCCACUGGUCAUACAAGGAGAAUGGUCUAAUGCCUCCCAUCAGAAAGAGAGCUGGCCCAAGCAAGCACAGGUUACACCUGAAGCAUGAGGACUUGCAGCGAGUGGUGAACUUCAUCAACAACUACGCAGAGGAUAAUGCAAUAGUAUUACCAGGACGCCACCCACACAAACACUUAGGUGGAAAGCUGCUGCCACCCCAUGUGACAAAAGCAGCAGUGUGGCAUCUGUACAAGGAAUCAAUGACAACACUUGAGGUACGUGUAGUCGGGCUGCCUUCCUUCAGGAAUCUGUGGGGAAAAUUGCUGCCCCACAUCUCAAGCACUGCCCCACAUCUCAAGCCCAGUUGUCUCUGGGGGCCCGUACUGAACCAGCAAGAAAAGACAUUAGGAUGCAUUGCAGCUUUGAUUUUGCUCAACAAGUGCACUAGCCUGCAGCCAGGUCCCAUCUACUUCUUAACUCCUCACAAGUGUGGGUUGUUUGGUGUCUGCUGUGAAGGAAUACCACAACAAGUCAACUACUUGAUUGAUGAAGGCAUGUUGUCCAGCAAAGUGAAGGACAGCACUCUGACAGGGGUCAACAUCCCACAGCUGGUUGGACUGGAAGAUGGUACCGUGCUGGUGGAAAGCUAUUGCUGGCAACAACACCUGACUCUGUACUUCAGGCUGCUGCUACAGAUCAAACAGUACCAGCACUUCAGCUUCGAUGUUCUGGAGCCUGGUGUUGUCGCCAAGGAGCGUUCGGACUCAGUCAGGACCAGGUUUCAGCUGUUGUGCAAUGCUGACAUCCUUCCUCCCAUAGAUGGUCUGCCUGUAUAAGCACCACCUGGACUGGACACAGCUAGACAAACAUCUUUUUGAGAAGAUAAGGGAGUUUUGUUAUGAAGAGGCUAUGGACGUCACAUGCCCUGCACCAAAGUCAAGGGCAGGACAGAAACAGGCUCUCCGAAUAUAGAUUCCCUUGUUCAUGCAUGGUUCGGAUGGACCAGUCAUAUUUUACUUUUACUUCACUACAUUCUGAAAAAAAUAUGUAUUUUUUUAAUCCAUACAUUUUCCCUGACACCGAAUGGUACUCGCUACAUUUUGACAGGAAUUUUUUUUUAAUUCACACACUAAUCAAUAGAACAUCCCCGACCAUCCCUACUGCAUCUGAUCUGGCAGACUCACUAAACACAAGUCCUUUGUUUGUAAAUCACGUAAUAAAAAAAUAAA